CGGGCUCCAGCGUGAUGUCCUGUAUCAGCUGCUUCUUCCUGUUCUUCGGAAACAGCGAGUCCGCCAUGAUCGCCCUGCUCUGCCUCUUCGGUGGGAUCAGCAUCGCGUCGUGGAACGCUCUGGACGUGCUGACGGUGGAGCUCUACCCCUCUGACAAAAGGACAACCGCCUUUGGAUUCCUGAACGCCCUUUGCAAGCUGGCCGCCGUCCUGGGAAUAAGCAUUUUCACCUCCUUUGUGGGAGUAGCUAAGGCGGUGCCCAUCCUCCUGGCAUCUGCCGCAUUGGCGGUGGGUAGCUUUUUAGCCCUCAAACUGCCAGAAACACGAGGCCAGGUGCUUCAGUGAGAGGAGAAGAGGAAUCAGAUUUGUAGACACUGUGAAACGUCUUCUUUUUUUUUUUGUUCAGGUCCCUCCUCGUUUCCUCCUCCAUAGAGUGUUGGCUUAAGUCCUAUUCACAUACAUAGAGCAGUGACGGGUUAUCAGAGAGGGCAAUGUUUGCACUAUUCUUAAAUUCCGAGAAGUCCAGAGAACCAUGGCCUAUGGCGUAGGUCAACCUUUCUUCAACCUUCCUUCCGUAGAGGAACCCUUGAA